AUGAGUCCUGUCCUCCUGCUGUCUUUGUUGCUGUCAGUUAUUCCUCGGGCUGAGUUGGUUCCAGAGAAACCAAAGAGAUCUGCUCUGAAUCAACUCACCAGAUUACUGCUCCGCAAAUAUGAUUGUGGAGUUCGGCCUGUCCAAAACUGGACCAAGCCAACUACCGUCUACCUUGACCUUAUAAUCCAGUCUGUCCUAGAUGUGGAUGGACAGACUCAGAAAGUCACCACCAGCAUUUGGUAUCGCCAAAUUUGGACAGAUGAGUUUCUUGUGUGGGAUCCAGAAGAUUUUGAUGGAAUCACUGAAAUAUCGUUGUCCUCUGACGCCAUCUGGGUGCCUGAUGUCAUCAUAAGCGAAUUUGUGGAUGUUGGCAAAUCCCCGGUCAUCCCAUAUGUUUAUGUCAACUGCUCAGGAACAGUAAAAAACUACAGACCCAUCCAGGUGGUCUCAGCCUGUCACCUGGAGAUUUAUGCCUUUCCCUUUGACAAGCAGAACUGCACUCUGACCUUUCGCAGCUGGCUACACUCAGUGAGUGAAGUGGAUUUAGCUCUAUGGAGGCCUGCUGAGGAAAUAGCCAGUGAUACAAGAGAGUUUAUGAAUGAUGGUGAAUGGGAGUUGCUGUCUGUCCCUUCUCACUACUGGACACUGGCAAUAGAAGACAGGGACUACGCCCACAUUCAGUUUAAUAUGUUGAUCCGCAGACGCCCCCUACUCUACGUGGUAGGUCUGCUCAUCCCAAGUAUCUUCCUCAUGGUUGUGGAUGUCAUCAGCUUCUAUUUGCCUCCGAACAGUGGAACACGCAUCACUUUCAAGACCAGCAUUCUCCUGGGCUACACUGUAGUCAGAGUCAAUCUGAUGGAUGAAAUCCCUGCUACAGCCAUUAAAACACCCCUCAUUGGGGCUUUCUUUGCUGUCUGUAUGGCACUUCUGGUGAUCAGUUUGGCAAAGUCCAUUUUCGUGGUGAAGCUUUUGCAUUACAGUGAGAGAGAAGUCAAGGAGAUGUCCAUAUCUGCCUGCUUACUGGACAAAUACGGCUCGACCGACCAGAGCUUUAUUGACAGUGUGUUCACUUCAAUGAAGACACUGGAUGAUGUGGAUCAGUCAGGGGGCUACGAGUUUGAUCUUUCUUCAGAGACAGACCUGUUCUCCCUGACAGAUGUUCCAAAUAGUGACUCUCCACUGGAGAAAAUCCUACAGGAGGUGGUGUCUCUCAAACUAUACCUUCAGGAGGAGGACAGUGAGGGCAGUUCACAGUCUUACUGGCUGGAGCUGUGCUUAAAAGUGGAUAAGGUCCUCUUCCGCAUUUACGUGGUGCUUGUGCUGAUCUACUCUUUGACACUGCUGCUGCUCUGGAGUAGCUGGAGUUCUAUCUGAAAGUCUGAUGAUGGUGGUAGAGAAAGAAAAAUUUAGAGACAAAGACAGAGAAAAAGCUGAGUUAAACUUACACUUAUAUAACUGGCACAGAUUUCACAUAUUAAGGUUACAAACAAAACAACUGCAAUUUCAGUUUAUUAAAAUAUCAAGCAAUUACUUGCAAAUGCCCAUUGUUUAAACAAUAUCUCAGAUUUCUCUGUAAUUUCAUCUAUUUGGACUAGCCAAUUAGAAGAUGGAUAUACAUAUGCUAAAUAAAGCUGUUAAAUUGUAAUAGCUGUGUCAUAUAUUUGAUUUUACGCUACAUAUAAUUAUUAAUGGUAAUUCAGACAUAAUGUGCUUCAGUAGUUUAAAUGCAUAAAUAGGACUAUUCUAGACUGUAACAAAAAUGGGAUGCAUUUGCCUAAGGACUACAUUAUUGUAAACAUGGUUGAACUUUUUCCUUCUGGUGUAAAAAUCAUAAUGGCUAGCCUCAAGCAAUGGAAUUCUUUAUACUGGAUGUGAUUGUUUUGGUGUAAAGGAA